AUGAAUUGUGAUCUACUAGGUCAAAAAGUUGCAGUACCAGGGGCAGCAGGUCAAGGGUAUAUCAAAUACUUAGGACCAAUCCAAAAUAAAACCGGAUUAUUUGUUGGAUUAGAAUUAAUUGGGACAGUAGCUAAAACAAGAGGUAAAAAUUCUGGAUCAGUUGAGGGAAUUCAAUAUUUUCAAGUUAAUGUACCAAAAAGUGGAUUAUUUUUGCCUUAUGAAAGAGUUAAAAGUUGUAAUAUAAAAUUACCAGAAUUAAAUUUACAAAAUUAUGAAACUAAACUACAUACGAAUACAAAUGUUAUAACUCCAAUUAGAUCACAUUUCAAUCCAAUAUCAGAAAAUAGGAGUCCUACAAAACAUCCACAUCCACAUCAACAUCAACAUCAACAUCAACAUCAACAACAUCAGCAACAAAAUACCACCCCUAUAAGAUCACCCUUAAGUCCUAUCAAUACAUAUCAAAAUGCUAAAUUAAAUCUACUAAAUAAUCAAUUAAUCAAAUCGGAAAAUAACAAAGAUUAUGAAUUAAUAGUUAAAGAUUUGAAUUCAAAAUUAAAGGACAAAGACAGAAAACUAGAAAAUUUUGGUAAGCAAAGAGAAGAAUGGCAUAUGGCAAUGGAUGAUUUAAUUGCUGUUCAACAAGAAGGUAUACAAGUUUUUGAAGAGAAAAUUUUGGAGUUAGAAGGUAUAAAUGAAGAGCAAGAAAAAGAAAUUAUAAGCUUGAAUUUACAAAUAGAUAAACUAGUCAAGGAAAAAAAUACAAUUCAAAAUAAAACAGAUAAAUCAGAAGUAGAAGAAUUACAAAAACAAUUACAACAAGCAAAUGAAGAAUUGAAAACAUUCAAAAACCAAUCUUCCGAAAUUGAUGAACUCAAAAAAAUAAUAAAACAAUCGGAAGAUAGAAUCUUACAAUUAGAGACUCAAAAUGUUACUAAAAAUAUAGAAUCAGUAGAAUUAAAUCCACCAUCUACAUCAUCAAAUUUAUUACAAUUAAAUAGUCAAGAAGAUACUAUACAAAAUUUACCAAUCUACAAAAGUGACAAUUUAACAGAUCCAAGUUCUGGUAAAUCAGAUUGGUGUGGAUUAUGUGAAAGAGAUGGUCAUAGUUCUAUAAAUUGUCCUUUUGAAAAUGAUAUCUUUUGA